CCAUGGCCACCCCAACGAACAAGACGUACCUUAUGGUUGCUGCCAUUGAUUUUGGCACGACCUACAGCGGCUAUGCCUUUUCCUUCAUGUCGUCACCAGAAGAUAUCAUCAUGAAUAAAAACUGGGGUGAAAACGUCGGUUUCCAGUCGUACAAAACACCAACAUCGGUACUUCUGUCUCCUGAGAGAGAGUUCGUGGCUUUUGGCUUCGAAGCCAUUUCGAAGUACACUACCUUACUCAAGGAGGAGGAGGACAAGGAGUACUACUUCUUUGAUCGGUUCAAGAUGCGACUGCAUGCUUCUUAUAAGGACCUGGACAGAAGCGUCUACCUGACAGCUAAAAACGGGAAGACCCUGCCAGCUAUGGACGUGUUCUCACACGCCCUACGCUACCUGAAACAGCACAUGAUGGGGGAAAUAGCCAAAGUCUCCCAGACCACGCACAUCGGUGACGAAGACAUCCGCUGGGUCAUCACUGUUCCCGCCAUCUGGAACGAUGCAGCGAAACAGUUCAUGCGCGAGACCGCUUACGACGCAGAUAUUGUGUCUAAAGCAACCCCCCAACAACUAAUCAUCGCGCUGGAACCUGAGAGUGCUUCGCUGCACUGCCGAGAGCAGCCUGUUAGCCACUUCCUGGGGGAGAGUGGAGACGGUACGGACAAGCUGAACAUGCCGGCCGGCACGCGCUACAUGGUCGUCGACUGCGGAGGCGGAACAGUUGACAUCACAAUGCACGAAGUUCGUCCAGACAACAGGGUCAAAGAGGUUUAUGCGGCAACAGGUGGCGCAUGGGGUGGGACACAGGUUGACGAGCGGUUCGUAGCUUUGACAGAGUCAGUGUUCGGUAAAACUUUCAUUGACGACUACCGCACGUCCUAUCCGUCCGAGUGGCAACAGUGGAUGGAAUCGUUUGAGACAAAAAAGCGUUCCACCACUACAGAAUCCGGGUCUGUCAACUUCCCAAUUCACUAUCACUUCAAUGAUUUUCACAGGCGUAUUAAGGGUGGGGACGUGAGAGAGACCAUUGAUAGCUGUCAGGUAGACGGGGUGCGUUUCUCAAACGGGUUCCUUUGUGUACAGGGUGAAAAGAUGCGAGAACUGUUCAAGGAAGUGAUAGACCAUAUCCUAAACCACGUAGAAAAGCUAAUGCAGGAGGAAAGUCUGUCCGACGUGGCAUACUUUUUCCUUGUGGGAGGUUUCAGCGAGUCCCCAUUACUCCAACAUGCCUUUAAGAAGAGGUUUUCAAAUCAUGUCCGUGUUUUGGUCCCGAAUGACGCCAGUUUGGCCGUGGUGAAAGGGGCCGUUAAGUUUGGUCACACUCCCCACUUGAUAAGCGAGCGAAUCAGCCCCAGAACGUACGGCGUUAGAUGUGCGUCUCCAUAUAACAGUAGGCUACACAAAGGGGAGGAGGAGGUCAUGGGCCGUUGCAUGAACGCUUUUGACAAGUUUGUGGAAGUUGGUGAAUCGGUCCGUGUAGGGACCGGUAAAAAGCAUAUCCACUACCCCCUAUACCCAGACCAAACAAAAGCCUCGAUAGACGUGCAUGGGUCACAUGAGAAAAACGUCUAUGUUACCACCGCCCCAGGAGUACACAGACUAGGGGUUACCACGCUAGACAUGCCCGACACUACCGGGGGUACAGACAGGCAGAUAGAAAUAACCUUCUAUUUUGGCGACACAGAAAUCGACGUCGAGGCUGUAGAUGUAACUACAAGAUCAAAAGCAAACGUGCAUGUGGAUUUUCUGGAUGACGACAUAAGAUUUUAGAUUCAAAGAAACAUUUGGCCGUGAAAGACAAACGAGAGGUUUGGACGAUAGAAAUCUUUCCAAAACGAGUUGGGCAUUAGGCAAUAUACGGUAGCGGUGCAUAAUAAACUGUGGGAUAUGGAUGGUGUGGUAGGGUACAACUGACCAUGUAUGGCAACUUUUAUUUCCUGUAAGAUUGACCACAAGCUACCCCUGAGGUCACUAGUUGUGUUUCAAUCCCUAUUUUGGUGACUUGCAAGACCAUGAUUUUUCCUUCAUUGUGCAACGACGAGAAGAAAAACAAAAUUAUAUACUUUUGGAUAUGUAUCCGUCAAAUAACAAAUUGACAAUAUGAGAAAUCAUAUUUCCACAUUGUCUUCGCUCCUAUUGAGUGGACAAUACGCUUCAAGAAAUAGCGGUGCAAUAUUUCAUGUUACAAAGACUUGUCAUGGAGGAGAUGUCACGAUUUUUACGUAUAGAAAUGUGUAAUGUGUACACUUCGUCAGAUAAAAGUGUGAUCAAGAGCGGCAAGUUAGGUAGUAACUGAUAGAAAAUCCGGGUAUACUUGUAGUUUGUGUAAUGUAUAAAGAAAUGUAGACAUGUUAUUUAAAGAUUUCUUUUAUCCAUAGUAGACAUUACGCGCAGUUGUAAGAGCAACUUUGUUGUAUUAUAUUACUCGUAUAUUAUAAUCAUAAGUCUAGACUGGAUGAUAGAACGAAUAGUUUACAUGUAAUGCGCAUAUACAAAAGCUUGGGUAAAUGUCUGUUAAACACGAUACUUGCAUCUGUUUCUUACUUCCGGUAAAAGUUAUAAAAAGGAUCUAUAAGAGAAACCAAUCAUUUAUCAGUCAUUGUACACGCAGUACUUAAUGCGCUUAUUUGGUGUGUUUUACAAAUGUGUAUCAUGCUACUAUACUAUACUAUACACAAUAUAAAAUGGCUUAAGUUCACAUUUUUUCAUUUUAUUCCUCUCCCUUUAAACUAUGUAUCUUGGUAGACAAAUAUGAUCUCACUUUCCCCCGCUUAGCUGUCUGUUACCUAAGGAGUGAUGAUCAAGAAAAAAUAUUAUACGUGUAAAAUAACUGUAUGGGAGAGCGUGUACAUGUUCAGCUGUG